GCAUCUCAACUACUGCGACCAUAAUCAGGAUAUUUUAACCUGAAUUAAUUGUACUCUGCAGAUGCAAUUUUCAAGGAAUCUGUAGCUGCAUGCGUAUCAAUCAUCACCAUCUGACAGAGUAUCAAAGCAAUGAGAUUGCUUAUACAUGCAUGGGUUCUUGCAAUGCAAUAAUAGCACCUUUAGACUCAUGGAAAAAUCCUCAAUUUCUCUCGUCUUUCCCUCUUUCUUCAUCUUGUUCUUGUUUUGCUUCCUCUCUUUAACCACAGCAGACUCCAUAAGGCAAUUUCAAUCCAUCAAAGACGGCGAAACCAUUAAUUCCGAUGGUGAGAUCUUCGAACUCGGCUUUUUCAGCCCCAACAAUUCAAAAAACCGCUACGUUGGGAUAUGGUAUCACAACAUCCCGGUGAAAACCGUCAUAUGGGUUGCCAACAGAGAAACCCCACUUACAGAUUCAUCUGGAGUUCUUACUAUUGGGAGCAACGGAAAUCUAGUGAUCUUGAAUGGAAAGAACAACACCAUCUGGUCGACAAAUGCUUCAAUUCUAUCAGAUUCUACCGUAGCAACUCUCUUCGAUUCCGGAAACCUCAUCUUGAGAGAUGCAAAUUCCAAUAACUCAAACACCAUCUUAUGGCAAAGCUUCGAAGAUCCAUCAAACACGCUCCUACCCGGUAUGAAAAUCGGCGUAAAUUUAGUAACCCGACAAAACCGUUUUCUCCGAUCAUGGAAAACCGACACCGACCCAACUCCCGGAAUCUUCUCAUUCGGCAUCAACCUGCAGGACUCGAACCAGUUCUUCGUAUGGCAGGGUUCUUCCCCACACUGGAGAACUGGCUACUGGAACGACCGUUCAUUCAAUCAGAUACCUGUGACAAGCAACAGUUUCAUAUUCCAUUUCACAACGGUAAGUAACGAAGAAUCGAUUUAUUUGGAGUAUUCAGCUUUGUAUAACAAUACAAGGAUGGUGAUGGAUGUAUCUGGUCGUGUCGAGUGCCGUAUAUGGUAUGAUUCUACGAAGACGUGGGGCGUGGCUUGGAUGCAACCAAAAGAUGAAUGUGGGGUUUAUGGUGUUUGUGGCAAAAAUACAAGGUGCAGUGAUUCCAAUACACCACCGUGUGAGUGUUUGCGUGGAUUCGAGCCUGUAUCGUCUAAGGAAUGGAAUUCGGGUAAUUGGUCAAGUGGGUGUAAGAGAAGAACGGCGUUGAAAUGCGGUGAGGAAGAUGAGUUCUUGUCUUUGGGAAGAUUGAAAGUGCCGGAUCAUGAAUUUUUAGUGGCUGCAGCGGGAAAAGCUGAGGACUGUAGAGCGGAAUGCGUUAGAAAUUGCAGUUGUAAUGCUUAUGUUUUCACGAAUGUGAGCGGUGGUGCGUCGCAGUGUCUGGUUUGGUUUGGGAAUUUGAUGGAUAUUGGGGAUUUGAUCGAGAAUCAAGGAGCGCAGGAUAUUCAUAUACGUAUCGCGGCUUCUGAAUUGAGUACAAAAAAGAAUAGACGGUUGAAAGUGAUAGUGGCUACAACAGUGGUUGCAGGGGUUCUUCUCUUGGGUGCAUUUUUCUAUUGUUUCAGGAGGAUGGCCUGGAAGAAAGCAAAACAUAGGAGAAUGUCUACAUGGGUUCCUUCAGAUUCAAGUGCUCAAAGUGCAAGUGACUUGCUAGACACAGAUAUGUUUGUAAAAGAUGGUCUGAAAGGGGUAGAUAUACCAUUUUUCGAGUUCAAUACUAUAGUCGUCGCUACCGACAAUUUCUCACAAUUAAACUAUCUUGGAGAAGGAGGGUUCGGAUCCGUUUACAAGGGCAAGCUGCCGGGAGGACAAGAGAUGGCCGUUAAAAGACUCUCUAGAACUUCUGGACAAGGCCUGGAAGAAUUCAAGACUGAGCUUGUAUUGAUUGCGAAACUCCAACAUAGGAAUCUCGUUCGGCUUCUUGGUUAUAGCAUCAAACAAGAAGAAAAGAUGCUGCUCUAUGAAUACCUUCCCAACAAAAGCUUGGAUUCGUUUCUCUUUGAUAAAGAUCGGUGCAAGAUUUUAGACUGGGAAAAACGCUUCAACAUUAUUUUGGGAAUAGCUCGAGGGCUUCUUUAUCUUCAUCAAGAUUCUAGGUUGAGAAUUAUUCAUAGAGAUUUAAAAACCAGCAACAUUCUUCUGGAUGAGGAAAUGAACCCUAAAAUUUCAGACUUUGGGAUGGCGAGGAUCUUCGGAGGAAAUCAGACUCAAGCAAAUACUAACAGAGUGGUUGGAACAUAUGGUUAUAUGUCUCCCGAGUACGCCUCACAUGGGCUUUUCUCAGUGAAAUCCGAUGUGUUUAGCUUCGGUGUUAUACUGCUCGAGAUCAUCAGUGGAAUGAAAAACAACAGCUUUUUUCAUUCUGAUGAAUCUUCAAGCCUUCCAGAACAUGCAUGGGGUUUGUGGAAAGAAAACAAUGGUCUGGCUUUGAUGGACCCGUCGUUGAGAGAAACGUGCAACACGUCCGAAGUGUUGAAGUGCAUCCAUGUGGGGCUUUUGUGCGUGCAAGAAAAUGUGACCGAUCGACCGACCAUGGCAUCUGUUGUAGCCACGUUUGUUAGUGAAACUGCAUCUCUCCCAACUCCCAAACAAGCAGCUUUCAUCAUGAGGAGAGAUCUGUCAGAAGUGCAGUGUUCUAAAAAUGAAAUAACAUUUACUGGGGUGGAAGGAAGAUAGAAGUAUGUACUAGUUGAUCACAUACAUUAGUUUUCUAUCUAUCCUUUGUACAUGAAUUGUUGUUGUUGUUGUUGUUUAUAAAUUGAGAGAUGAUUUCAUUGAAGAAAAAGUGUGAUAUCCAAAUUUCCAAAGAUGCUAUUGAAACUCCUAUGAUCA